AUGGCUGUCGGGCACAAGAUGAAGAAACGUACGAGAAAGACGCCCCCCCGGUCGCUGAGCGCGAGCGGCGACAAGCGCAAAAAAAGGCCCGGCAGCGAGCGCGGCGGCAAGCGCUUCCAGGUGUCGCGGGCGUGCGGGCGCUGCAAGUUGCUCCGGCGCGGAUGCGAGGAGCGGCGUCCUUGCGGCCGCUGCGUGCGCGCUGGCAGGGCCGACGACUGCGUGGCGCCGCCGGGUCCGGCAUCGGCACCGGCAUCGGCAUCGUCGACGGCAGGCGUCGGCGCCUCCCCGGAAUGGACGCUGGUGGCCGACGUGGCGGCGAGCGCGCCCGUGGCCGAGUGCGCCGACCUGUUCUUCGACAACUGCUACCCGACGAUACCCGUGCUGACGCCCGAGUACAUCCGGCGCCUGCAGACGAGCGCUGCGGCGUCGGCGUCGGCGUCGCCCGCGCCGGCCCGGGCCGAGGCCGAGGCAGAGGCAGAGGCGUGCGUCCUGCUCGUCGCCUUCUGCGCCUUUGUGCUGCUGCACGUCCACGAGCCGCCGGGCGCGCGCAGCAACCGCCAGUACGGCGCGCAGCUGCUGGCCAGGGCGUCGGCCGCCUGCAGGGCCGUCUGCUGGGGCCUCACGCCGUCGCUCGACGCCUGCCUCGUCAGCUUCUUCCUCUACGCCGGCCACACGCGCCUCUCCCGCCACAGCCAGGCCUUCCUGUUCCUCCGCCAGGCCACGGCUCUCUGGGUCCUGGUCAAGGACCGCCGCCCGCCCGACGCCGACCCCGACGCCGAGCGCGCGCUGCUGUUCGAGCGCCUGUUCUGGGUGCUCGUGGCCUCGGAGCGCUCCCACGCCAUCCGCUACGGGCGCUCCAUCACGCUGCACCUGACGCCCGACACGCCCGACCUCGACGAGCUCCGGACCUCGGCGCCCGCGCUGUGGAGCCUGGCCGCCCUCUUCCGCCCCGUCGACUCGGCCUUCAUGGCCGUCCUGAACCGCGAGGCCGCCGCGCCCGCGCCCGCGCCCGCGCCCGACGUCCUCGCCGCCGCCGAGCGCUGCAUCGACGCCGCCGUCCCCGCGCACCUCCCCUUCCGCGACGUGCAAAAGGCCAACCUGCGCAUCACCCGCCUCUGGCUGUGCAUCGUCAUCUGGCAGCUGCGCCUGCGCCUGGGCCACCUCACCGACGCCUCGCACCAGCGCAGCCUCACCUACCGCUACCCGCUCGACGUGGCCCGCGAGCUCGUCGCCGCCACGCGCGACCUGCCCACGCAGGCCAUGGAGGUCCACGGCGUGGGCUUGACCGAGAAGCUGUUUGACAUUGCGUCCGCCGUCGUCCACGUCACCGCCGGCGUCCCGCGCCAGCCGGACCCCCGCGCGCCGCCGCCCGGCGACGACGACCUGCGCUACAUUCGCCGCCUGGUGGUGCAGCUCCCCGGCGGCAGGGACGUCUACGACGGCCUGCUGGAGAGCCAUGUCGAGCAGGCUCUGCGAAGUCGGCUGCGCGCAAGACGGGGUCACGCAGAUGGAUGA